AUCUAAAUACCCUAAAAACCCCUCAAAACCUCUUCAAAUUUUCAGUUAGGACUCUAUGUUCAUGGCGGCAUUUCUUCGAGCAUCUCGUAGAUCACUUCUUUCGUUUCAAUUUUCUCACGGCCAACAUUCCUCUCUCCAUUAUAGCAAAUUCAUCUCUCAAUUUUCCAGGUCUCACGCAUCAGAGGCAACCCAAAAAUCACCAUUUGAAUCAAACAUACUCAGAAUCCUUCGCAAUGAAGUCAAUUAUCAGUUGGAUUACGCCCCUCCCCACCCGCCUGUUACAAAGUUUAACACAUUCAUGGUUGAAGAUCGGCCAGGCGAACAGUGGAUUACCUUGAGGAGAAAAUUCGGCAAUGAUGAACAUAUCAAAAUCGAGGCAACGAUGUUUGAUGGAUCAAUUACUGUUCCAAAAACAAGUGAUGAAAAUAUUGGGGAAGAUGUGCGGCUUCACAUAAGUGUGCUAGUUGACAUAUGGAAGGGUGAAGGUAGUGAGUUCUUGGAGUUUGUCUGUUCAUCCUGGCCAAAUUCCUUAGAAAUUCAGAAAGUAUACAUACUCAGAAGCGAUGGUUCUCCAGCUCAGCCUUAUAUGGGGCCCAAUGUUAGGGAUUUGGACAGUGGCUUCCGAGAUGGCCUAAAUGAAUUCCUAAAGACGAGAGGCAUAAAUGAUGAACUUUCUGCAUUCCUACAUGAGUUUAUGAUGAAUAAGGAUAGAACUGAAGCAAUUGAAUGGUUGAGAAAAAUCCAGUCUUUUAUCGAAAAUUAGACACGUCUCUGCUCUCUUAAAUUCUCAAUAAAAUUGAUAUAUUGUAACUUAUGAUUAGCUUUGCUGUAUUUUUCGCAUGAGAUUUCUAGUCUUAUUCUGACUUUCGCAUUAA